GCAGCCAGGGUAGCUGAGACCUCAGUCCUGCCCUGGAGCACAGGCAAACAUGGCCCUGCAAUGGAUGCUUCUCCUGCUCCUCACACCUCUGCUGGCAGCACAAAAUCAUGGAAAAUGUAAAAUUCCCUCCAACUGGGACACCAAACUGCGGUUUACUCCAUGGAGGAGCGACUAUGCCUUGAACGAAGUGGUGCAGCUCAGCUGUGUUGGGAAGCUUCCUGAGAAGUUUGCUCCAUCUGUCCCACAGAUUCAAUGCAUUUCCAGAGGGGCCGAGAUCCUGUGGAAUGAGACUCCCACCUGCAAGGAGAAGUGCCAGCAGCCCCAGUGGGACUCACAGCUCCGGUUUAGGCCAAACCAGAGAUUUUACAGGAUCAGCGAAGAGGUGACACUGAGCUGCUUUGAGAACGACGCUCCUCCCCUCGCUGUGAUCAGAUGUGCAAACAGGAAGAAUGCUUGGGAGGUGUUGGACAUUUCAGGAAAAUGGCACAAGUUGACACAGAACCUGAGCUGCACUACGGCAAAAUGUCCAAAACCUCAGUGGGAUGCAAGACUUCAGUUUUUGGAGAAUGAAACUGAAUACCCACAGAAUAGAGAACUGACCCUGACCUGUCCCAAAGGCCUUGAGCCCUCUUUCCCCGAGGUCAAAUGUACAAUGGAAAUUCAAGGAGUGAGUUCUGGAAAACCAUUCUAUGUGGAUGCCUGGUGGGGCAGGAACAGCACAGGCGCCUGGACACGCAUUGAGGGGGAUGUCCUGUGUAUGGCUGUGCCCAAAGGGUGCAAAAGGCCCCUGUGGGACUCCAGACUUCAACUGGCACCAGACCAGGAGAACUAUGAGAAGGAUGAGAAAGUGAUGCUGAGCUGCCCUGAAGGUUUCCAGCCACCCUACACUGAAAUCCAAUGUCAGACUCAAUUCCAGGAUGAUUAUGAAACACGUGGGUACGAAGAAUUUUGGCGUGGAAGAGACUCCAGCGGUGCCUGGGUCCGCAUUCAUUCCAGUGUGGAGUGCAUCGAAGUGCUCCAGGUUGACCAUGAGACCUUUGAGAUUUCCAGCACCAGCAUCAAACUGAAAUGGACCUGCAGGUUCCCUGAUGCCUGCCAGGGCAUGAGGGCCAUGUGCCGGCUGGCAGCGCCUUCCUCCCCCUCUUGUGAGGCUGAGGAGGUGAAUGCAGAGCAGAUGUUACAUGGCCAGGAGGGAAUAUUCACCUGCUCCCCUUUGCAGCCCUUCACUGAGUACAGUGUCACCAUUGACUUGCCUCCCAACACAACCCUGUUCUCAUGGUUGUUCACGACACAGGAAACAGUGCCGGACAAACCGGAGCAGCUGUGGCUGGAUCCCGACAGGGGUCUCAGGUGGAGCGCACCGCCCUCCUGCAAUGGGGAGAUCAUCGGAUACCAGCUGAGCAUCACAGCCAGGAACGCAGGGGACAGCAGCGUGCUGGAGACCCGGCGGCUGCGCCUCGAGGGCUCCGUCACCCAGCACCGGCCGGGGCACAGCCCUGGCAGCAGCUACGCCGUGAUGCUCCAGGGGCUGGACGGCUGCUGGGCCGGGGCUGCGCUGGCGAGGGAGUUUCACAGCAACAGCAGCUCCGGUGAGCUUUGCUGUGGGGCCAGCUGCCGCGGCGCCCGCGACAUCGCCCCCUCGCAAGGCACGGCCCGCCUCCCUUCCGUGGCCGCCGUGCCCUUUGCCACUGCCUUUGGGCCCGCAGGGGAGCACCAGCUGAUCGUGGCCGCCACGCGCAACGCCUCGCUGAUCGAGAGCAUCUGCUCGGGGCAGGCACGGCUCUCCAAUACCAGCGCUGUACCGGGCGCUCUGCUCAACCUCAGCGCCGCCACGGACUUCGUGCUGGGCGGCGGCAGCCGCGGGCAGGGGCCUACUGGCGCUGCCCUCAGCCCGGGCCGGGACUACACGGCCCUGCUGCGCCUCGUCGCCUCGGGCCGCAGCUCUCCCUCCUGUCUCCUCCAACAGGCAGAGAAGUUCACCUGUGUCUGCUACAGCUUCUCUCUUGGGCAGGAGCCAUCAUCUCCGCUGGACAGCAAGCCCGUGGUUAUGGCAGUAUCACUGACUGUUGCAUUCCUGGCACUGGGAAUUUUGCUGCUUUUUGUGGUCUUCAGGUUAAAGCACAACAGUUCAAGAGGGUCGGAGAACAGCAGCACUAUACCCCUGAGAGGAUGUCAGAAAGAUAUAUGCAAGACAAACACACAGAUCCCGGUGGAGGAACUGCUGGAGGCUCUGAAGAUGUUUAAGAGGGAAGAAAUAGAGGCAGAACAGACAGAUGAUGAAUCAGUCAACAGGCAUGGUGCUGGGCUUCUUAGAGAAUAUCAGCAAUUGCCCUCCACUUUGUUGCACCCCUGCAAUGCUGGCAAGGAGCUCUGUAAUCAAAACAAGAACCGCUACAAGAGCAUCAUCCCAUAUGAUCACUGCCGUGUGGUACUGCAGCCCUCUGACACUGGGAAUGGCUACAUCAAUGCCAGCUAUGUGGAUACCUACCGAAGUCCACGCUUCUUCAUUGCAGCUCAAGGCCCUUUGGCUGGGACAGUGGUGGAUUUCUGGCACAUGGUCUGGCAGGAGAAGACCUCAGUCAUUGUGAUGCUGACGGGCUUAGUGGAACAGAACAAGAUCAAGUGUGAGCAGUAUUGGCCAGAGCAGGAGCAGGUCUACGGCGACUUCACCGUGACACUCAACAACACCUGGACCACCACAGGCCUUGUCAAACGCAUCUUCGGCCUGCAGAAGAGCAAUAUGUAG